GUUCUCCUCCCUCCAACCGUGGCCGUGGAUCUCCCCAGGGUUGUCCUCCAGCCACGUCCUCCAACUGCAGCCACGGAUCUCCAGGGAUCUCCCCAGGGUUCUCCUCCAACCCUGUCCAAGGAUCUCCUCGGGGUUCUCCUCCAACCUUGUCCAAGGAUCUCCUCGGGGGUUCCCCUCUCCACGGAUCUCCCCAGGCUUCUCCUCCAACCAUGUGGAUCCUCGCCGUCUACAUCUUGACCUUCAUCGUGGGCUUCCCGGCCAACGUCUUCACCUUCGUCACCCUCUUGAUCAAAGCCUGCCGCCGGGUGUCCCCUUCCGACCUCCUUCUCCUCAACUUGACGGCCGCCGACCUUCUCCUCCUCCUCUUCCUCCCCUUCAAGAUGGCCGAAGCCGCCGCCGACAUGACUUGGCCGUUACCUUCCAUCCUCUGCCCGGUGGCCAACUUUGUCUUCUUCUCCAGCAUCUACCUCAGCAGCCUCUUCUUGGCCGCCCUCAGCGUCGAGCGGUACCUCGGGGUGGUCUUCCCCCACCACUACAAGGGCAGGAGAAGACUCUGUCAGGUGGUGGCCGCCAGCGUCGUCUUCUGGCUCUUGGCCUGUUCCCUUUGCUCCGUGGUCUUCAUAGCCCAGUUUCACGGUGGGAAGAACCCGGCGGUGGCCAACAGGACCUCCACCAUCUCCAGCCCAGGUGACCCCAACCCCGGUGGCUUCAACCACGAUGGCUUCAAGAUCUCCAGCCCAGGUGGCUCCAACCCCGGUGGCUUCAAGUUCUCCAACCGCGAUGGCUCCAUGGAUGACGUCUUCGCCCCCCACGGCUCCAAGCCCACCAAGGGCUCCAAGAUCUCCACCCCCAACUUCUUCCUCUCCCACAUCUCCACCAUCUUGGACACCUCCAGCCCCACCGCUGUCCCCCGGCACUCCAACCUCCCCACUUCUUCUGCUCCUGGCGCCCACCAAGGUCCCACCCCCUACAAGUGCUACGAUGACUUCUCCCCGGACCAGCUGAGCUUCGUCCUCCCGCUCCGCCUCACGCUCUUCCUCGUCCUCUUCCUCCUGCCCUUCACCAGCACCAUCUUCUGCUACGUCAACUUCGUCCGGGUCCUCUUGUCCCGCCCCAACAUCCCGCUGGAGAAGAAGCAACGAGCCGUGGGGCUGGCGGUGGCCACCAUGGUCAACUUCGGGGUCUGCUUCGCCCCCUACAACAUCUCGCACGUGGUGGGCUUCGUGGAGAAGAAGAGUCCCCCCUGGAGGGUCUACGCGUUGCUCCUCACCAGCCUCAACGCCGCCCUUGACCCCGUCAUCUUCUACUUCUCCUCCAGGGCGGUGCAGAAGGCCAUGAGGGGGGUGGUGGUGGCCGUGGGGGACAAGUUGAGGGUGGUGGCGGGGUGGUGGCACCAGCCACCUUCUCCUGGAGUCACCCAGGAGGAGGUUGAGGGCUCCUUCAGAUGA